CAUAGGCUUCACUUAUGAAGAUUAUUUUACUAAAACAAAACGAAAUUAUAACUUGUUACGUGUCAUACUCUCAUUUCUUAGCAACUCUCUUAUAAUGCAACUACCCUCAAACUCUUUUCUCCAUCUUCGGACAGUUUAACUUUCUGAAACUCUUAAGAAACUAACCAGACUUCAGAUUUUACGAACAAAAUGCCUCGAUCCGACCCGACCCGCGGAUAUUCCGAUGGAGACAGCCUGGUCGGAGAGAUUGUCCGAGAAGAAGGUCACAUUUACUCGUUAGCGGCAACAAAUGAUCUUUUGUACACAGGAUCGGACAAUAAUUAUAUUAGGGUUUGGAAAAACUUAAACGAGUUUAGUGGUUUUAAAUCGAACAGCGGAUUGGUGAAAGCCAUAGUGAUUAGUCGAGAAGAGAAGGUGUUUACGGGUCAUCAAGACGGUAAGAUCCGGGUUUGGAAAACCUCGUCCAAGAACCCGCGAGUGUAUACACGCGCCGGGAGCUUGCCGGCUUUGAAAGACGUUUUGAAGAGUUCAGUGAAGCCGAGUAACUACGUGGAGGUGAGAAGACGUCGUACGGCGCUUUGGAUCAAGCAUUCCGACGCCGUUUCGUGUUUGAGCUUAGUGGAAGAUCAAGGGCUCUUGUACUCCGCGUCAUGGGAUCGGACGGUCAAGGUUUGGCGUAUCAAUGACUUGAAAUGCAUCGAGUCUAUUAAAGCUCACGACGACGCUGUGAACUCCGUCGUGGCCACGGAGAGCCUUGUGUUCACUGGCUCGGCUGAUGGAACGGUUAAGGUUUGGAAACGUGAGAUCAGAGGGAAGCGUACCGUGCACUCUCUGGUCCAGACUUUGUUAAAGCAAGAAUCAGCCAUCACGGCUUUGGUCGUAAGCCACGUGGCGGUUUAUAGUGGUUCAAGCGACGGAGCUGUGAAUUUCUGGGAGAUGGGAGAGAAGAAAAUCUUGAAGCAUUGUGAAGUUUUCAAGAAGCAUAGACUCGCAGUUCUCUGUCUCGCGGCUGCCGGGAAAUUGUUGUUUAGCGGUGCUGCCGAUAAGAAGAUAUGCGUGUGGAGGAGGGAAGGGAAGGUUCACACGUGUGUCUCUGUGUUAACCGGUCAUACCGGACCGGUUAAGUGUUUGGCGGUGGUUGAACCAUCGGGAGAAGAAGAAAACGGUGGAGAUGGGAGAGUGGUUGUGUAUAGUGGAAGUCUUGACAAAUCGGUCAAAGUUUGGAGGGUGCCACGUCACUAGAUGUAUGAUUUUAUUCGGUUUCUAAGAGAUUUUGGGAUGUAUUGUAGGUAAAUAAGAACAAAAACCCAAG